ACAGUCUACAGGCAACCUAUAAAUUCACAUACUGACACGGAACGUCGAUGCCUUCGACCGUGUACAUCUCGUAGAUAGUAAUAAUUUGAUCGUCGAGGAUGCUGCGACAAUGAUUCAGGGAAUCCACCAACGCAGAGUGUAGUCUGGAUGUAACCAGGCUCGACGUAGGAUGUAAACUUUCGGAAUACAUAUAUAUAUAUAUAUAUAUAUACAUAUAUACAUAUAUCGGGAUCCACUUGGCGAAUUGAGCGAAUCGAGCUCGACAGAGACGGCAGGAUGCCGAAGCAAGUGCCAGAGGAGAACCUGGUGAUUCCGCCGCAGGACGGUCGGAUCUGCGGGACCAUUUGCAUCUGCCAGAUGACGGCGGUGUUGUCCUCCGUGGCUCUGGUCUAUCUGACCGUGGCGAUCUACAUGCCGAGCACCAGAGCGUUUCAAUCCGGGAUCAGCGAGGUGCCGGUGAUGUGCACGACGAUACGGGCGGUGAACGCCGACAACUGUGAAUGGGGUAGCUGCGGCGAGUGGUGCCUGUCGAAAACGUCCGGGCCGUGCGUGCAGAUUCACGUGAACCUUCGUAGAAACGGCUCGGCGAUACUGCUGGCCAACUGUACCAACACAACCAACAAGACCUGCUACGGUAUCGAUCAGGAGAACGCGAAGAAAUCGAAAUGCAUCGCGGACGAGUGCCGUAACCUGACCGGCACGUUCAACUGCACGGCCGGUGUGUGCAUCAACAUCACGGACGCGUUCGAGUGUAUAUUCCACGACACGGACCCGCCGUUGAAAUGUUCCGGCAGACGCGGCAAGAUAACCUGCAUAGACAUAGACGGUCUGUUCAACUGCAACCGGGGCACCUGCGAGCGUAUCAGAACGCCGUACAACUGCGACCGCAGAUGCGUCGACAUCCCGACCAGGAACAAGAACAUGAUCCUGCUGAGCGGCGACAAGGUCUACCUGAGCCAGUGCGAGCGAGCGAUUGACGUGGAGUCGAACCGAGAGAUCUGGCACGAGGAUCGUGGCGACAUCAUGAUGGCGUCCUGCUACGGGAUAUUCAACUCGACGUUGGGCGUCGAGGCUGUCGACUGCAUCAACGGCUCCGUCUUGGAGAAAGAUCUCCUCACCGACUUGACCAACUUCACCUAUCUCUCCUAUCUGAAUAUAUUCGCGACGAAGCCGUUGGACGAGACGAGAACGGUGGCCCCGCCUGAGCAGGAUCUCAUCAUAGCGAACGAAAGUCGCCUGCUGAUCAACCUCGAGGGCUGCGUCAAUACUCUGCGCGAAGAGUGCAAGGAAUUCCUCCACCUAUACGGGAAAGACGGCUCCGAUCACAACGCACGCGCCAGGUUCCCGUGUUACUAUGCCGAGAGCAACACCGGCGUCGUUGUGUCGCGUUUCAACCUGGAGAACACGUACAAGGAGUUCCUGAUCGCGUUGGUGUUGCCCAGCGUGUUGUUCGUCGUCAGUUGUCUGACGUUGAUCUUUUGUCAGAGGACCGUGGUCGUCGGAGACGACGCCAAGAUGAGAUUCAAGGGCACGGUCGGUGCCGGACUCGCGUCGAUAGAGAAGAGCGCUUCCGGUAACCUAGGGGAUGCUGGCGGAGGAAACUCUGCUAUGGCGCUCUGAGAUCCGUCACGCAUUCCCCUCCUGGAGGAGAGUCCGGCUCGUCAGUCGAUAUUCUCCCUGCGCGGGCACUAUUAAGCUGUGGGGAGGGGGGGAACGCGUGGUUAAAAUUCUCAUCUUGCAAAAAAUACAAAAACUACAAAGCAAAACGUACCGAUACUUCUGCAAAAAGCACAAACUAUCUUUGAAAAACGAGGAAAAGAAAAAAAAGAAAGAAAAAGGGAACGAGGGAGAGAGAGAGAGAGAGAGAGAGAGAGAGAGAGAGAGAGAGAGAAAGAGACAGACAGAGAGGGAGCAAGCGGUCAAGAACAAGUACCAAAAAAAGAAGAGAAAAAAAAACGAGACUUUUCCUACCUGCACUGCCUGCACGCAAAAAAUAGAAAAUAAAUAAAAAAAAAAAAAUAAAAAAUAAAAAAAGGAACACUUCUCGUGAGCGCACGUGCUUUUUUGUUCGAAUAUCCGCGUCACCGCCUGUGCAUGCGCGGAUGAAUCGCUUGGAAAAGUUCGCACGACCGGAUGCGCGACACAACUCUCGCCUGUCUCUCUUCUGCCGACAAGAACACGGAGAAGGAUCCUGAAUCUGGACUCGACCAAUUCAUCUUUCGGAUACGACGGAAAGUAAACAGAUAGAAAAGAAAACAACAGA